AUGGCUGACGGUCAGAUGCCCUUCUCCUGCCACCUCCCAAGCCGCCUGCGCAGAGACCCCUUCCGAGACUCAUCCCUGCCCUCGCGCCUGCUGGAUGAUGACUUUGGCAUGGACCCCUUCCCGGACGACUUGACUGCCUCUUGGCACAACUGGGCCCUGCCUCGAUUCUCCCCAGCAUGGCCUGGAACCCUGAGGUCAGGCAUGGUGCCUCGGGGGCCCACGGCUGCAGCCAGGUUCGGGGUACCUGCGCAGGGCAGGAGCCCCCCACCCUUCCCUGGGGAGCCCUGGAAAGUGUGUGUUAACGUGCACAGCUUUAAGCCAGAGGAGCUGAUGGUGAAGACCAAGGACGGAUACGUGGAGGUGUCUGGCAAACAUGAAGAGAAGCAGCAAGAAGGUGGCAUCGUUUCCAAGAACUUCACGAAGAAGAUCCAGCUUCCUGCAGAGGUGGAUCCUGUGACAGUUUUUGCCUCGCUUUCCCCAGAGGGCCUGCUGAUCAUCGAAGCCCCCCAGGUCCCCCCUUACUCACCAUUUGGAGAGAGCAGUUUCAACAACGAGCUUCCCCAAGACAGCCAGGAAGUCACCUGUUCCUGA